ACUAUAGCUCUCUUGUCGGCCAUUGUGUCGCUCAGCGCCGGCUUUAUAGUGGGCGGCAUUGGCGGAGGUUUCGCCGCCGGAGGACUGGGACUGUCAGGACUGUCCUCUUCGUCGUCGUCCCACUUCUCGUCGGGCAUCUCGUCGUCCGCUUUCUCAUCGCCGGCCGUCUCAGUGACCAAAACGAUUGUCUCGCAACCAAUGAUCACCAAAACAGUGGAAACAUCGGUCAUACAGCCGGCUGUGAUUCAGGAGACGUCGUUCAUAGAGUCGUCGCCCGUCAUCAGCCAUAGUCACCACUCUUUUGGCCACCAAAGUGUCGGUUUUGGCGGUCAUUCGCACGGCUUUGGCGCUGGUUUUGGUGUCGGCGGCGGUGCUAUCGGCGGUGGUGUAGGCUUUGGCGGCGGGUUUGCGAUCGGCAAAAGGAGAUGA